AUGCAACAUCGUUGUAGCCUAUGGGCUGCACUUGGUAUGAAAGACACGACUUUUGCCUUCAUAUCUAAGAAGCCGAGUGCCCCAGGUCCUAAGCGACAGGUGGAAAUGAGUGCCAACCUAUUAUCUAGAGCCUGUCCCCAGAUUCUGUUGUUCGUAAUUAUUGCAGUACGAUCCUCGAGCCCUAUUGUUGGCCUGAGAAACGAGGUGUCUAUUUCUAAACGCCACCCACCUUGGAAAACCACACCAAAUGCGGAAGCUGAGAACGUCGACGAUGUGAUAGGACGAGAUAAAGUAGUCAAGCACUGA